UAUAUAUACACCGAUGUCUAGAGGGAAUCAAAGAGAUACAAAUUGGUGACAUCCAUUUACUUACAAAUAUGCCAACGAGUUCUCGUUUUCGCAUUUCUUCUAAAAAUAUUUUUCUAACAUAUCCCCACUGCUCUCUUACAAAAGAGGAAGCUCUCUCAAUUAUUCAAAACCUAAAUACCCCAGUAAACAAGAAAUACAUCAAGAUUUGCAGAGAAGCUCAUGAAAACAGGGAACCUCGUCUCCACGUGCUUAUCCAAUUCGAAGGGAAGUACACAUGCACGAAUAACAGAUUCUUCGAUCUUGUCUCUCCAACCAGGUCAACACAUUUCCAUCCAAACAUACAGGGAGGUAAAUCCAGCUCCUACGUGAAGUCGUAUAUCGAGAAGCACGGAGAUACAAUUGAUUGGGGAGAAUUCCAGAUGGAUGGAAGAUCUGCAACUACAAGAGGGGGUCAACAAUCGGCUAAUGAUGUUUACGCAGAAGCCCUAAAUUCUGGGUCUAAAACAGCAGCCUUAGAGAUAAUUAGGGAAAAACGCCCAAAAGAUUAUUAUUUACGUUUUCAUAGAUUAAAUGCUAAUUUGGAUAUGAUAUUCCAGGCUCCACCUGCAAUAUAUGUUUCUCCUUUUGUAUCCAGUACAUUUAACAACGUACCGGAGAUUCUUCAAGACUGGGUUGAAGAAAACGUUGUGAGUGCCUCUGGGAGGCCUCACCGACCUAUGAGUAUAGUUGUAGAAGGUGAGGCUAGAACUGGGAAAACAAUAUGGGCUAGAUCAUUAGGCCCACACAAUUACUUAUGCGGUCAUUAUGAUAUAAGCCCAAAAACGUACAACAAUGAUGCCUGGUACAACGUCAUUGAUAACGUUGAUCCGCGUUAUUUAAAACAUUUUAAGGAAUUCAUGGGGGCCAAAAGUGAUUGGCAGUAUAAUAGAAGAUACGGAAAGCCCUUUUAAGUUAAAGGCGGGAUGCCCACAAUCUUCCUUUGCAAUCCAGGACCCAACUCAAGUUAUAAAGAGUUUCUUGACGAAGAUAAGAACGCAGCUAUUAAGUCCUGGGCUCUCAUAAAUGCAGUCUUCGCAUUCCUCACCCAGCCAUUAUUCAUCCCUUGUUCACUGCCAAGCCGAGCAAAUCAAGAAGAAGCCACAGAGGAGGAAGAGGAUUGCUUGCUUUGAUUGCAAUUGCACAUUCUUCAAGUGCAGUAAUGGCGGAUUCACGCACGCAUCUCAAGUUCAGAAUUCCCACUAUACAUAGAUAUACUCAAACACAACCUGCGGAAACAACUGGGUAUCCACAAGUGUUAGAUGGACUUCUAUUCAAGGUCUGGACAGCUUUGAAGAGCCCAACUGGGAUAUUUUUUAGGGCUUUCGAAACCCAGUUUUUAAAGUCUGUUUUUUUUAAGGUGUACCUAGUAAUUGAGUCUGUGUUUUGUUGAGGUGUGGGUUUUAAGUGUUUUUGUCACAUAUUAGUAAAGCAAAUGAAUAAAAUUAUAUUAUAUAUUUUA